AUGGAGCAAAGUGGAAGGUUACGGAGAAAUGUGAUGAAGAAGAAUGAGUCGAAGAAGAACCAUCCGAUCUAUUCAAUCUCAAUGACGAAUGUUCUUAAAGUCGAGUAUGCACAGAGCUCUGAGAUGAUUGGCGGUUUACCACCAACGAAAAGGAUGCAUGCAUUUCGAGAUAGUAGCAGAGCACAUCAUGCAUACCAAUUUGAACUUGUGAAUGUUGAUAUUCAGAAGAGACCUGAGAAGACACUAGGACCUAUAAACGAACGGUACCAGCCAAGACUUACUCUAACAUCCACUGCCACCCUUUUUGCUACUGUCAUCAAAAUAGACAUCAACCAACCGAUUUACAAGUACAAUACAAGCAGUCCCAAACAAUCGUUCACAGUGCUCCUUCGUCUCUCUACUCCUGCAUCUGCUCCAGUUUCACCUUAUUAA